GCAGCAGGGCAUGGGGAUGGGCAUGGAGCUGGGGCAGGACAUGGAGAGUCCAGGGGCGAUCAAGUACGAGUCGCGGUCUCUCCUGCCCACUCCCCCGCUGCUGUUGGAAUGAGGGCCUGACGCGCGCGCGCGGGCGGUGCAAUGUGGAUGGACUUGAAAUCGGCUGUUUCUCUUCUUUUUUCUUUCCUUCUGGGUCGUGCGCCUCGUUCUCUUUGCUCUUCGGCUUUUCACUUCGAGACUCGCUAAUUGGUUCGGCUCUGUUCGCGCGUGCGUAUCCAUAUACAUAUAUAUACUGAUAUAUCCGCCCCCCUCGUUCGCGCCUCUGUAACCUCCCCUCCCCUUCCUUUCGUUCGUCUCGGCUUACGCGCGCUGCGCCCCCUUUAAUAAUGUGACGGACUGUUCGUGCUCGCUCUUCCGUUCGUUUGUGACCGGUCGUUCCUCCUCCCCUCCUCUCCUUUUAUUUGUCUCUUACUCGAUUCGUGUCCGUAAUUAAUGACGCCGCGUCGGCCUGCGUACUUAUUAUCCGCGCGUCCCCAAGUUGCGCCUUUUUCUUCUGUUUAUUAUGGUCAUUGGGCGGUCGGGACGGUUAUACCUCCCCCCUGUUGUUGCGGACUCCCCCGAUCGCCUGUCGUGCACGCUGCUCACUUGCUUGCUUGCUUACUUACUUGUAUGUAUACGGUGUAGCUGACGCCCGCGGCAGGUGUUGUUAAAAAUGGGUACAUACGUGCGUGCGUGCGUGCGCAUCGAGGAAUGGAAUUCAUUUGGGAUAUC